CCCGCCCGCCCGCCCGGCUCCCCUCGCUGCCUUCCCGGCUCCUUCCCCUCCUUCCACGGAGAGAGAGCCUUGCAGAGAUGCUGGAGGGCGGUGGGGGCGGCGGCGGGGCCCCGAGGAGGCGCAGGCGGGGUCCCUCGCCCUAGUUGGGGGGUGCCCCUCUUUGCUUUCCAGAGAGAGAGAGAGAGACCCCCCUCCCCCCUCUAGCAUGGCCAAGGAGAAGAGCCGGAGAGCCUUGCUGGAGCUGCUCCAGAGAGAAGGGAACCAGGUCUGUGCCGACUGCGGGGCGCCAGAUCCAGACUGGGCAUCUUACACUUUGGGAGUCUUCAUCUGCCUCAGUUGCUCAGGGAUCCAUCGCAACAUCCCACACCUCAGCAAAGUGAAAUCGGUGCGUUUGGAUGAGUGGGACAAUGCGCAAGUCGAGUUCAUGGCAUCCACCGGAAACACUGCAAUGAGAGCAAAGUACGAAUCAGAGAUCCCACCAUUUUACUACAAGCCCACUUUUUCCGACUGCCUGCUGCUGAGAGAACAGUGGAUCCGAGCCAAGUACGAAAGGAAGGAGUUCAUCUACAUUGAGAAGCAAGAGCCUUACUCUGCAGGGUAUCGGGAAGGAUUCCUUUGGAAGAGAGGCCGGGACAACGGUCAGUUCUUGACCCGGAAAUUUGUUCUUUCGGAACGGGAAGGCGCCUUGAAGUAUUACAACAAAAAUGACGCAAAAGAUCCCAAAGCCAUUAUGAAGAUCGAGCAUUUGAACGCCACUUUCCAGCCUGGGAAAAUCGGGAACCCGCACGGACUGCAGAUCACGUACUUGAAGGACAACAGCACCCGGAACAUCUUCAUCUACCAUGAAGAUGGCAAGGAAAUGGUGGACUGGUUCAACGCCAUCCGAGCUGCCCGCUUCCAUUACUUACAAGUGGCAUUCCCCGGCGCAAGCAAUGUGGACCUGGUGCCCAAGCUUUCUAGGAACUACCUGAAGGAAGGCUACAUGGAGAAAACGGGGCCAAAGCAAACAGAAGGUUUCAAGAAACGUUGGUUCACCAUGGAUGAUCGGCGGCUAAUGUAUUUCAAAGAUCCCCUGGAUGCCUUCGCCAGGGGGGAAGUGUUUAUCGGAAGCAAGGAAAACAGCUACAAGGUGCUUGAAGGACUCCCCCCGUCCAUCCAGGGGAACCACUGGCAGCACGGGAUCACCAUCGUGACGCCCGACCGGAAAUCUUUUGCCUGCGAAACAGAAAGCGACCAGCAGGAGUGGAUGGCAGCGUUUCAGAAAGUGAUCGGCCGGCCGAUGCUGCCGCAGGAAUAUGCAGUGGAAGCCCAUUUCAAGCAUAAACCCUAACGGACCGAGCCGAGGAACGACAACCUGUUUACAGUACGCAACGACAAUGUCCGUCCUUUUGUCACGUUACCAUUGGGACUACCGGAUAGGAGGUGCUAACCGCGAAGGCGAUGCCAAGCCAAAGCAGACAUUUGGAGAAACACUGCAUUUCUUGAGUCAUCGGCGAUGAGGUUCUUCGCAGCCCGGGCUCUCCGAGACAUUUCCUUUGGGAAUGGUGCAUUGGCCGGGAAUCCGCUGUGAUUACAGAGUGGCUUCCUCCUCGUCCUUCGAAUGGGAUAUGACUUGUUACGUUGAGUAAGGGAUUUCCCGUUGGAUCAAACGAUUUCCCCCGCAGAGCUUUCCUUCCCUUUUCCAUCCCCGAAACCAGACUCCUACCUGGCUGACUUGUGUGAGGAUCGAACACACUCUUGUCUAUGGAACACUUCCCUUUGUGUUGACGAUAUCUCCAACACACUCGCAGAAGAAGGUAAUUCGUUUAGAAGAAGCUCUUCUUUGUUCGACAAAAAAGAAUAAUAAUAAGAAUAAUAAUAUGCUUUAUUUAUAUUCCGUGCUAUCGGACUCAGGGCGGAUUACAAAACACAUAUACGGCAAACAUUCGGCAAACAUUAACAAGGACAGAUAAUACAUAAACAAAGGCAAAGGCUUCCCCAUCUUUGGCAUCUGGAGGCUGUGCUCGAUUCCAGCCACAGGGAGGUGCUGUUGCUCCAUCUUCCAUGCCGAGGAGCAAUAAUAUACAUUAUUUAUAGGCCUGGGUAACAACGGAAAAAUUUGUUUCUAAAAUCGAUUAGUUUUUUGG